AUGACCUCCCUGUCCCUAAGCUCUGACACAGCGCUUACGCUUGACCAAGCCAGGCACCUCAAUGAUCAAAACUUGAAGAGCCGGUUUGAAGAGAUAAUAGCAAAAUAUGAGCACGACUUCACGGGGGUUGGUGACAUCAUCGAUUUCGAGACGGGCCACAUCGUAGAGAACAAUGGACAUAUUGAUAAGAUGAUGUCGGAACAGGACAUUGGAGACCGCAAAUCUGGAAUAAACAUUAUAGCGAACUAUGCAAAUGGUCUUGCGCAAACACAAAUCGAGUCAUUGUCACCCAUCGCAAACGGAGACGAAGACGAAGCUGGAUAUGAGAAAAUCCCAAGGCUCGAAGAGGAUCAAUUGGGGAAUGCAUCCGAAGUAACUCGGGCAGAAGAGAAUGAAGGUUCCGAAGAUGAGUUGGCAUCAUUGAGCGUCUCGUCCUUAUCAAAGCGAGUGGGAGUAGCAAAGGAGCAGAAACAAACGAAGAUGACAUCGAUCAAGCAUCUGACUUCUAAUACAGACGUUAGACUUUCUGAUGUGCAACACAAGUUUGUCGAUGUUCACCCUAUUCAAGACUCAGAAGGCUCCCAUGGCUCCGAUGUCCCAGCGGUUUCGUAUCAAGCUUGUCGGACGCCGGAUAUCGCCGUUAUGGAGCAACUUGGACAACAGAUAUCUCAAAAUAUCGCGCAAUUCAUGCAGAUAUGGAAAGGUGCGAACGUAUCAACUCCGGAUCCUAUCUGGGCAGCCCCUCCUUUGCCAGCCAACGUUCCGAAUACCCCUGGGAUAUCCCGCCCGGUACAUCAGUACAAUUCUAAAACAACGCCAGCCCCAACCGCCCGUCCCGCCCAGCAACAUGCACCAUUCAGUGAGAGCCUCUGGGCUGUGCCACGCCAGCGACUGCGUAAAAGAUCGGCGGAUGCGGAACAUUCCCCAUCUUCUGGCUCUGUCAAACGACACUCUGGCACAAAAUCUCUGUUUAAUCAUGAAGAGGACGCUUUGAUCCUUAAGCUUAGAAUUACAUGCCAUUGGAGUUGGCGAGAUAUUGUUGCGAAACAUUUUCCGCACAUGCGGCAAUCUCAAGUAUCUGCACGUUAUUAUCAUCUUUUAAGCCGCGGAGAGACCGCUAGCUCUUCAACGCAUUGGCUUGAUAGUAGUGGACUGGGUCUCCGGGCAGAUGUUGCAAGAUCUCCUGAUUAUGGUCGUGGAAUCGUGCUUGGACAAACACAGCCGCUUCUGGAUAGACCGAAGGUAGUCGAAAAAGAAGUGGAUGGCAUUGCUGUGCCCCAUUCAUCCUCCCCAGUAAGCAGGCGGAGCCACAAUUAUGCUCGUCACAGCAGCUGCCGCGAACAUAGUACGGAAUCGGUUCGGAAGACUUUUCAGCCACCAUCGGAGAUCCCCAACCUGUAUGAUAAUGACAAUCAGUUCAGUCCCGGUAGCACGACAGAACUCGACAAGAGUAUACCCAUCAAACGGAGUCUGCUUAACAAGACCAUAGGAUCAUCGGGACUUCUGCAGCACGAUACGCUUGUCAAAAACUCGACCGCAGUCUGCGAGAGCGAAGAGCCAGAUGUUUCAAAUGAUAGUGGAGAUGACUUCAGACAGUCAAUGGUGCAGGCAGAGGUGCCUGGCUCCGAACGUGAAGAUGAAAUCGAGUCUAUGGACAAUGAAAACAGUCAUCCAGAUGUAAUGGACAGCAUAGAAAGCAUAAAAAGCACCGAAAUGUCGGAGCCCGUGACCCCUGCCCCUCGAAGCAAACCGAGUUCACCAACUAAAUUUUCCAAGACCCCUUCAAGAUUGGUGCACAUGCAUGCUCCUUCCUCAUCCCAGGAUCCACUUUCCAAUAGGCCCAAAUCGCGAUUCGGAAUCAUGGACGUGGAGGCAUCGACCAGCAGCUGGAGGAAUAAGAUGAGGAAGCGCCACAGUCUGUUAUCGGAAUCGGAUUACUAUUUAAGCACAUCACCCACAUCAAGGACAAUUGCCAGGAGGAAAAGGAAGGCGGUCACUCCAAGACUGAUUGCACGUGUGUAUUCCCCUGAGACUAUAGGUAGUAGCGAGGACGAAUUAGCUUUCUGA